AUGGCAAUGUAUAAAGGAAUCGAACAAGAAUUAAAUGAUGCAAAGGUGAGAUUGGACAAGGCAAUGAAGAAUUUGAAGACAUUUGAAGAAGGAGAAAAUGAUAGGAAUAUAAGAAGUUUAAAGAAGAAAGAAGUUAUUGAAGGUGGAGAAGAAGAGGUGGAGAGAUCAGAUAGAAGAUCUAGUGUUAUUGCAAGAAAAGAUAUUAAAGAAGUAGUGGAAUUUGCAAAAUGCAAACUUUUGGAAGGAUACCAAUUAUUAGAUUUGACAAAAUCAAUAGAAUAUAUAUUUAAAGAUGAAGAAAAUAGAUUUACUGUUUCUUUGGCUAUAUUAAGCUGUUUUGUCUCUCUAGAUAUUUUAACUCAAUCUCAGCUUACCCAUUUAUUAGUGGGCAGUUAUAUAGAUACUUGUAUUGGUAUUUCAAAAAGUAAAGAAAAUAUUUUAACUAUGUAUUCCUCUGAACCUAUUCUUUCUGAAGUUGCUUUACAAAUUAUUAAAAUUGAAACAAAUAGAAGAUUCAUCUUUGAUUAA